UCGCUAGUCGGUUCCCUGAGUAUUGUUAUCGGUUUGAUUCUCGCCUUCAGAACCAACACUGCUUACGACCGAUUCUGGGAAGGUCGUAAAAUCUGGACGACUAUGAACACCAGCAUCCGCAAUAUGGCGCGAGUGAUUUGGGUGGGCAUCAAGGAGAAGCCCGAUGGCCCUGCAGGAAUCAACGACCAAAAGAUUCGAGCCAUCAACAUGCUGCUCGCCUUUGCUGUGGCAACCAAGCACCACCUCCGAGCAGAGUAUGGCACCUCCUAUAGAGAUUUACAGGGUCUCUUGCCCGAGGACUUUGUACCAUGUAAAAGCGCAAACAACCUGAGGACUCAGUACAUCAACCAUCGUCAGCAUCUUCAGAACGACAGAAACGACUGGGUAAUUCAGCGCGAUAACUCGACGGCGUCGAUGUCACUGCCGCUUGAGAUCUCAUAUCAGUUAUCUCUCUGGAUCAACUAUGUCAAGGACAAGGACUUGAUUGACAUCCCAUACCAGGGUCAAUGCACCAUGGCACUCUCAAGCAUGAUCGAUUGCUUCGGAAACCUGGAGCGCAUUCUUUUGACACCUAUUCCAGUUGCGUACAACAUCCAUCUGAAGCAGAUCUUGACGAUGUACUGCUGCAUAUUGCCGUUCACCACUGUCAGGGACGUUGGAUGGCUGACCAUUCCACUAUGCGGUGCUGUUGCAUUUACGCUCUUCGGUAUCGAGGCCAUUGGAAACCAGAUUGAGGAUCCCUUUGGAUUUGACACCAACGACCUGAAACUGGAUGACUUCUGCUACGAUUUGAUGCUGGAACUCGACUAUAUCGUCCAGACAGUGCCCCAGGAUCAGUCAUCGAUCUUUGAGUCCACUGCAGUAUCGCAACCGUUCAAACAGACGCGAACCGUUCUCAUUCAAAUCUAG